AGUCCAGAACUGAGAGCUGACCAAGUGAAGCCGGAUGCUACUGCCAAGUACCGUGAGGGUCUCGCUCAUUCGCUCUUCUACAAGUUUGUGUUGGGGCUGUCGCCCGAAACUGUGAAGGAGGAACUGCGCAGCGGUGGAGAGAUCCUCAAGCGACCGGUGUCGUCCGGUCACCAGGAGAUCACUACAGACAAGUCCUUAUGGCCCUGCAUCACGGGAGCGAUGAGCCGAACACUAGCAAUUGAAGCGGUCCUGGGUUACACUUCUCUGGGGCAGGAGGAGAGGCAGGAGUACACAAAUGACAUUGAGAACCUAACCGAAACCAGGUUUAUGGGUGCAUUCAUUGUCGCAACACAGGGUCCUGCCGAGUCCUUUAACGCUGGAUGCCUCCGAGGCAUUGGAGUGGUAGCUCUUCACACUGCUAAGGGACAUACCAGGAAAGAAACUCCUACCUUUUUCCCCUCGCCUGCAGUAGGAGGUGUUGUGGAUGAACCUCUUUACGCAGACAAGGAGAUAUCGUGCGCAGGCACCCCGCUGGGCGCCAUAUUCGCUGAGACGCACGCAUUGGCACACCACGCAGCAUCCCUGGUCAAGGUCACAUACCACGGAGUUAAAGAAGCACAGACAGACGUAAGGAAAAUCGUCGAGUCUGGCGAUCAGUCGAGGUUUCACCUGGCAGCCGAGAAGAAGGCGGAUGCAACUAAUACGAACGUGAAGCACACCAUCGAGGGCUCUCAUUGGUUCCCCUCUCAGUAUCACUUCACCAUGGAGACGCAGACGUGUUACAGCGUGCCCUCGGAGGACGGGCUGGACGUCUACCCUGCCUCCCAGGCUCCCAGCAACAUCCAAGACGCCAUAGCGUACGCCUUGGGCAUUCCCCACAACAGCAUCAACGUGUCAGUGCGGCGUAUUGGCGGUGGCUACGGCGGGAAGCUGCUCAAGUCUGGGAUCACAGCCGUGUCAAGUGCGGUGGCAGCACAUCUUCUGCAGCGGCCUGUCCGUGUCAUCAUGACACUUGAGGAGAAUAUGGAGAUCGUGGGCAAGCGUGCUGGCGUCCUCUUUAAGUACAAGGCUGGGGUGGAUGAAAACGGGGUGAUUCAAAACCUGCACGUAGACUACUACCAAGACGAUGGAGUGUCGCAGAAUGACAGCGUUGCUCCUUAUACCCAGUACUUCAUGACAAGCGGCAUCUAUGACCCUGCCACUUGGAGUAUCAACUGCUACGGUGUCAAGACAGACAUUCCCAGUCACACCUGGUGUAGAGCCCCAGGUUCAACUGAGGGGAUCUCCAUCAUUGAGACCAUCAUGGAACACAUUGCUCGUGUCGUGAAGAAAGAUCCAAUUGAAGUCAAGAUGGCCAACAGGCGACAAGAGGACUCUCCAAUACCUUCCAUGAUUGAAGACUUCAAGAAAACCAGUGAUUUUGACAAGAGAAUCAAGGCUAUUGAAAAGUUCAACAAAACAAACCGGUGGAGGAAACGGGGAAUCUCUCUGGUGCCCAUGGCGUACCCCUUCUCCUACUUCGGCAACUACCACUCCAUGGUGUCCGUGUACGGUGACGAUGGCUCAGUGGCAGUGAGUCAUGGUUGUGUCGAGAUGGGCCAAGGCCUCAACACAAAGGUAGCCCAAGUAUGUGCUCACGUGCUGGGUGUCGACGUGCAGAGUGUCAGCAUCAAGCCCUACUACUCCCUCAUAUCCCCCAACGUCUGUCCUACUGGGGGCAGUGGCGGAAGUGAAUCUGCUGUUUAUGCUACGAAAAUUGCAUGUGAAGAAAUCAUGAGAAGACUGGCCCCUCUGAAGAAGGAAAAUCCAAAAGCCUCAUGGAAAGAACUUAUUACCUUAGCUAAAGCUCAGAAGAUCAACUUGAAUUCUUCUUACAUGUUUACACCCAGUUAUGACGGAAAGAGCUAUACAAUCUACGGGGUUACCGCAGUUGAGGUGGAGGUGGAUAUUUUGACUGGUCAGCAUUUGAUUCUAAGAGCUGACAUCCUGGAGGACACAGGGGUGAGCUUGAGCCCUGAAGUGGACAUAGGGCAGAUCGAGGGUGCCUACGUGAUGGGUCUGGGACUGUACACCAGUGAGGAGUUACAGUACGAAGAUGUCACCGGGAGAUUGCUCACCAACCGCACGUGGAAUUACAAGAUUCCGGGUGCCAAGGAUAUACCAAUAGAUUUCAGAAUUGAGAUGAGGAAAAAUGCGCCAAAUCCAGUGGGGGUACUCAAGUCCAAAGCCACUGGUGAGCCGCCUCUCUGCAUGAGCAUAGGCGUUGUGUUUGCCCUCCGCAAAGCUCUAGAGUCAGCCCGCGCGGACGCUGGGAUCCCGGACAAGCACUUUGACAUCGAUUUGCCUUUGACAACAGAGAGAAUCUGGCUCUAUGGUGGAGCAUCCCCUGAGCAAUUCAAAAUCUAAUUUAAUUUCUCUCCAUCCAAGCCAAAAUACUCCACCGCAUUCAAGAGCCUCUUGGAAUCGUAAUCGUUAUGUUUGCUUUUGUAGAUUUUUACGAUGUUCUGUUUUAACCAAGUUUAGUAUGCACAAAUUAUUCUUCAGAAUAAAAACCAAAGAAUAAGUAUUUACUAUUAACUCACAGUAUUUGCAAGACGCAUCACAAUGUUACCAUUAACACUUGUUAGCCUUUUUGGAACAAAAUGUGUGAUAUUUUAUGGUAUUUUAUUAAACUUGCAGAACUUUUCUGCAGCAAGCUUUAAUGUCGCUGAAAAGCACAUGUAAGACAUAGAAAAUUAGUGUGGACUGUACAAAGGUAAUGUCACAAUGAGCAGAUCUCGAUCAGUGCUAUAAUUUUCACGGAUUCUAGCGAGAAAUAAUUGAGAAUUUCUAAUUUAAAUGACACUAACUUCUGUAUUUUUGUCAACAAAUGUAUAGAAACAUAGUGCCUUAAAUUUCUGACUUUAAAUCGGCUCGAUUAUUACCCAGCCAUACAAUAAUCUGAAUACGAUGGGAAAAACCCUUUUCCUCCGAUAAUUAAAUAUUCGGAUAAACGGAAACUGCUUUAAAUCAUAGAUUUAUGCUGAGUGGCGUUUCAUGUGUUCGUAUGUACAGGUGUUUUCAACACAUUCAAGAAUUUGUAUCUAUACAUUAGUUUUCCAUCGUACACUCCCGAAAACUUUAUACCAAAAUACUACUAUAAUGUUUGCUGAUCAUUAGUAACUAAUUCCAAAUGUUUGGAAUUUGCCAGAGAUAUUUUUGUCUCACAUAUUUUUGUGGUAAAACUCGAGAUCGUUAAUUUAAAUCCAGUUCUUAGCAUUCAAAUGAUGAAUAGUACAACCUUUGUUCUUUGUUGUUCUCAUCUUGGAAAAUGAUAUCUUGAGGAAAAACUCACAGGUUGCAAGUUCUAGAGAUUAAAUACGUGUUUGUCGAUUGAUCGACAUUGCAAACUAGUUCUCACAUUCAGUUCGUUUUCGUUUACUCUUGUGUUAAAUACACUGAUCCAACCUUUCCUCUUGAAAGAGCGAAAAGAAACAAAUUUCUGUUAUGUACUUAUAGAUAUUUCGGUUCAGUUCCAAUAAACGUCUAAUUGAAAAACAGACGUCAUGAUUUGGUAUAGCAAUUUUAACUGAUGUAAAAUUGAUAAUGUACAGUUAAAACUUGGAAAGAAUAGCUUUUUUCUAAAGAAUGCUACUUAAUUUUUCACUUUGUUAAACAAAUUUACAGUGUUGUUUGUAUUUUUAAUGAGUUUAUAGUAUACUGUAUAUGUAUUUAUUAUAUUAGUAUUAUAUGCGUUUGUUCCUUUAUUUCAAUUUCCUGACCUUGGUGCUACCGACAAUAAUAUUUGUAAUAGGUACUAAGUUUAGUAUUAUUUAAUUGCACAAAUAUUGCUUUGUUCUCUUUAUUAAAAUUUAGUGUGCCAAAAGUACUAUUAAGUAAGUUUAAUUAAAUUAAUAUGUUAUUGUAAAACGUUAUAACCAAAGAUUUUUUCAGUACAAUGUUUAGGUAUGCGUAAUUACUGAAUUCAACAAUUUAAAAUCAGUGUUCUGUAACAAUUAAAAUUGUUGGUGUUAUUUUUUUUUAAUAUUUAGCUGUUAGUGGUAGUCAAAUUUAACAUAGUUACUGUUAAAGAUAUUGUUUGCCAAUAACAAAUGGUGCUUCUGUAGAAUAUUAUUGUUAUUUACCUUUUAGUUGCCAAACUAGUUUUGUAAAAGGAAUGUUUUAGUUUGUAGCAACAUUGUUGUAAACCAUUUAGAGUAUUAUUGCCUUAACUCAAAGUUAAACUGUGAUUAAACCAAAGUAAGUGAGACUAUGUGUACAUUUAGAAAUAAAUUACUGCUUUGAAUAACAGAGUAA